AUGAUGCAUCAGGGUUACAGAUUCACCUUUGCUCCUCCCAGAAAGAAGGACAACAGGUUGUCAGACAACAUGACCUGUCACAACAGUGGCCACUCCCCCCAGUAUUACCACGAUCACAUACUGGCAACCGUGCGGCACUCUGCCAUCCAAAGCGCCCUCACAAAUAGGAACAACCAGGCAACCACCCUGAACAACAGAGCAGCCAUUCCCAUUACUAUCCUGGGGAAGUCAUGGUUACUUUUGACGCCACCGGCCGCCCUGUUUCCUCGUGUUGAUCCAAACACACAGCAGCACUACGAGGACGAGUCCGUUGCUCUCACCUGUGAGGGGCUGCAUGGGCUGCAUGGAUGGAGAGUGAUGAGGAAGAUGAAGGCAGGUGUCACAAUAUGUGCUUCUCACUUCGAGAUGUCGACCGGACCCUGCACCAUCACACCUGCCUAUUCGUCAGACAGUGGAGCGUACUGCUGGUCCUGUGAUCCUGGAGAGCCCUGCCCUCCCUGUGAUGGUGGAGACGCUGUGACUCUGCGCUGUGGAAAGGAGACGACCUCCAACCUCACAGCUGAUUUCUAUAAAGAUGGCCGCCUCAUCAGGAGAAACACUACAGGAAACCUGACGCUCCACAGUGUUUUUAAAUCUAACGAAGGACUCUACAAGUGCAACGUGUCUCAAACUGAGGAGUCAGCAGAGAGCUGGCUGACGGUCACAGUCUGUGUGCUGCAUCUUGUUUCAAACACACAUGAAAAAGCUUUUGUCUCUGAAAUAACGUUUGUGUUUCCAGUGACACGCCUCCUGCUGCUGCUGCUGCUGCUGCUGCUGCUGCUGCAGCAGCAGCCUGCACAGGUUAAAGACAGCUGUACUCACAGUGCUGACGCAUCUGUUCUUCGCAUCAUCCCAUCCAGACUGCAGGUCUUUGAAUACGAGUCAGUGUUUGUAAACUGCGAGGGCUUUCCUCAUGACUCGACUCAGUGGAGGGUGAUGAGGAGGAUCAAGGACAUCAGAACCUUCUGUAACACAAACUGGGAGACCAAAGGACCCUGCACCAUCACGACGGCCUUCUCAACAGACAGCGGAGAAUACUGGUGUGAAGCUGGAGGAAAGGAAAGCAGCACUGUCAGCAUCGUAGUGAGCGCUGGCUCAGUGAUCCUGGAGAGUCCUGCUCGUCCUGUGACGGAGGGAGAUGAUGUCACUCUGCGCUGCAGAAACAAGAUGGCGUCCAACUUCCCAGCUGAUUUCUAUAAAGAUGGCCGCCUCAUCAGGAGCAGCUCCACAGGAGAGAUGACCAUCAGCAGUGUGUCCAAGUCUGAUGAAGGACUCUACAGGUGUCACAUCUCUGGAGCUGGAGAGUCACCUGAGAGCCGGCUGGCUGUCACAGCAUACCAAGAAGAGACUCGUCCUCCUGUCAGUUACUCCCCUCGUGUCUCCUCCCUGCUGUGGAUGACUGUCACUCUUUUACUUGUGGCCCUGCUGCUGCUGCUGUUGAUGCUGGGACUCCUCUACAUGAAGCUCAGAGUGCCUGCAGAGACCAGAGCAGCUGAUCGAUGUCAGCCAGUAUAUACUGUCAUCACAAACCAUGGAAAGGCAGAAGAUCAGGGUGAACCCUCGACUACACCUGUUUACUACGCUUUGAGCAUGGGACCAGCAGCAUCCAGCUCCACUGUGACACCAGCUCCGUCUGUGAGCACCAGCCCACUCUCAGAGGACUGAUUGAGCUCCACAGGCGAUGAGGCAGGACUGGUCCACACUGUGUCUUUGCUCCGUACUGUUACAGAGAAGGCUUCACUCACUGGAGGUUAAAUGAAAGUUAAAAUGAUGUGUCAUUGCACAGACACACUGUUUAUGUGUCAGUGAGAGAAGAGACAUCUGACUGAAGGACAGAAGAGACUCUGCACGUCUGUAUAAAGACAGUAAAUCAAACAUCCACAGUCACUUGUACAUGUGAGCUUAUCAUCUGACUGAAAUAUUU